AUUCCAGACCGCACGGAUAGUUCGCUCCCGAUUUGGCUUCCUUCCCCUUUCCACCACCAUCUGGCGAUCCCUUCCUCCCACCCUCCAAAUCCGGCUCCCGAUCUCGAAGGGCAGAAGAGGAGGCGACACUUGGGCGGAGAACUACGAUAGGAAGGCCUCGGCAAGGGGAUCCGAGCGGCGCGACGAUGGCGGACGGCGCUGGUGCGUGCAACCCGGGCAGCGGAGGCGGCUGCGGCGGCGAUCCGGAGCAGGACGCCUUGGAAAGGACUCGCAAGGCGAAGUCCUGUAAGGGAUGCCUCUACUACUCCUCGAUCCUCAAAUCCGGUACUCGCAAUCCUGUUUGCGUCGGGAUCAGCCGGACUCUUCCGAAAGUUCCUGUACAUGUGAUUGGAGAAUCUGAAGUGAAAAGUAGAAAAGAUGGGCAUGAUCUCUCAGAUUUCAAGUACACUUGUGUUGGUUAUUCUAUAUUCCUGGAGAGAAAUGAUGAAACUGCCGACAAGCAAGAAAACAAGGCCCAGUUGCCAUUUUGUGCUGGCAUAGAGCUACUAGUGGAGAAAAGAGCAUCUACCCCUGACCAUGUCCCUGCACGAGCUCACAAGGAAGAUGCUACCGCUCGUUUGCCUUCACAAUCACACUAUCCUUCUCAUUCCCCAGCGGAUGAACUUCUAAACAGGUUCAAAAGAAAUGCUGGGCUGGUGGCUUCAGGUGUGGUCAAGAACCUUAACAAAGUUGGCGACUACAUUAAGGAAAACAUCGAUGACAUAUUGUACCCUUACCGCAGACGGCCCAAGUGAAGUAAAGAAAUUAUUAGGGCAAAGGUGGAAGUUGUCCUUAAUCGAUAGAAAUAAAAGAAAGUUCGAAUAGUCCCCAGGCUUGGUCAGCAAUAUUUUCAUAACCCAAAUUUGUUUACUUGAAGUGAUUUUCCUGGCUUGCUCUGUCAUCUUAAAUACAAAACUCGCAUACCUUUUGUUUAAGCAUUUGGUGUAUCAUUCAUAUGAUAAUGUAGGGCAAAAGUGGAUCAGUUCAUCGAAACUUUAUUCGAUCCAA